GCGCAGGCGCCCUCAGAGGCGCUGAGUCAGGGCGCUGUUGAGCUCGGGCAGGCCCGGAUGGGGCGGGGUUAGCGCCUGCGCUCUGGACGGCUUUGGGGCAGGGCAGAUUUAUAUCUGCGGGGGAUCAGCUGACGCUCCGCAUUGCAGACUGCGGAGUCAGACGGAGCUAUGUACGCCCUCUUCCUCCUGGCCAGCCUCCUGGGCGCGGCUCUAGCCGGCCCGGUCCUUGGACUGAAAGAAUGCACCAGGGGCUCGGCAGUGUGGUGCCAGAAUGUGAAGACGGCGUCCGACUGCGGGGCAGUGAAGCACUGCCUGCAGACCGUUUGGAACAAGCCAACAGUGAAAUCCCUUCCCUGCGACAUAUGCAAAGACGUUGUCACCGCAGCUGGUGAUAUGCUGAAGGACAAUGCCACUGAGGAGGAGAUCCUUGUUUACUUGGAGAAGACCUGUGACUGGCUUCCGAAACCGAACAUGUCUGCUUCGUGCAAGGAGAUAGUGGACUCCUACCUCCCUGUCAUCCUGGACAUCAUUAAAGGAGAAAUGAGCCGUCCUGGGGAGGUGUGCUCUGCUCUCAACCUCUGCGAGUCUCUCCAGAAGCACCUGGCAGAGCUGAAUCACCAGAAGCAGCUGGAGUCCAAUAAGAUCCCAGAGCUGGACAUGACUGAGGUGGUGGCCCCCUUCAUGGCCAACAUCCCUCUCCUCCUCUACCCUCAGGACGGCCCCCGCAGCAAGCCCCAGCCAAAGGAUAAUGGGGACGUUUGCCAGGACUGCAUUCAGAUGGUGACUGACAUCCAGACUGCUGUACGGACCAACUCCACCUUUGUCCAGGCCUUGGUGGAACAUGUCAAGGAGGAGUGUGACCGCCUGGGCCCUGGCAUGGCCGACAUAUGCAAGAACUACAUCAGCCAGUAUUCUGAAAUUGCUAUCCAGAUGAUGAUGCACAUGCAACCCAAGGAGAUCUGUGCGCUGGUUGGGUUCUGUGAUGAGGUGAAAGAGAUGCCCAUGCAGACUCUGGUCCCCGCCAAAGUGGCCUCCAAGAAUGUCAUCCCUGCCCUGGAACUGGUGGAGCCCAUUAAGAAGCACGAGGUCCCAGCAAAGUCUGAUGUUUACUGUGAGGUGUGUGAAUUCCUGGUGAAGGAGGUGACCAAGCUGAUUGACAACAACAAGACUGAGAAAGAAAUACUCGACGCUUUUGACAAAAUGUGCUCGAAGCUGCCGAAGUCCCUGUCGGAAGAGUGCCAGGAGGUGGUGGACACGUACGGCAGCUCCAUCCUGUCCAUCCUGCUGGAGGAGGUCAGCCCUGAGCUGGUGUGCAGCAUGCUGCACCUCUGCUCUGGCACGCGGCUGCCUGCACUGACCGUUCACGUGACUCAGCCAAAGGACGGUGGCUUCUGCGAAGUGUGCAAGAAGCUGGUGGGUUAUUUGGAUCGCAACCUGGAGAAAAACAGCACCAAGCAGGAGAUCCUGGCUGCUCUUGAGAAAGGCUGCAGCUUCCUGCCAGACCCUUACCAGAAGCAGUGUGAUCAGUUUGUGGCAGAGUACGAGCCCGUGCUGAUCGAGAUCCUGGUGGAGGUGAUGGAUCCUUCCUUCGUGUGCUUGAAAAUUGGAGCCUGCCCCUCGGCCCAUAAGCCCUUGUUGGGAACUGAGAAGUGUGUAUGGGGCCCAAGCUACUGGUGCCAGAACACAGAGACAGCAGCCCAGUGCAAUGCUGUCGAGCAUUGCAAACGCCAUGUGUGGAACUAGGAGGAGGAAGAUUCCGUCUUGGCAGAAACCACAGCAUUGGUUUUUUUCUACUUGUGUGUCUGGGGAAAUGAACGCACAGAUCUAUUUGACUUUGUUAUAAAAAUAGGGCUCCCCCACCUCCCCCAUUUCUGUGUCCUUUAUUGUAGCAUUGCUGUCUGCAAGGGAGCCCCUAGCCCCUGGCAGACAUAGCUGCUUCAGUGCCCCUUUUCUCUCUGCUAGAUGGAUGUUGAUGCACUGGAGGUCUUUUAGCCUGCCCUCGCAUGGCGCCUGCUGGAGGAGGAGAGAGCUCUGCUGGCAUGAGCCACAGCUUCUUGACUGGAGGCCAUCAACCCUCUUGGUUGAGGGCUUGUACUGAGCCCUGACAUGUGCUUGGGCACUGGUGGGCCUGGGCUUCUGAGGUGGCCUCCUGCCCUGAUCAGGGACCUUCCCCCCUUUCCUGGGCCUCUCAGCUGAACAAAGCAGCAAAACAAAGGCAGUUUUAUAUGAAAGAUUAGAAGCCUGGAAUAAUCAGGCUUUUUAAAUGAUGUAAUUCCCACUGUAAUAACAUAGGGAUUUUGGAAGCAGCUGCUGGUGGCUUGGGACAUCAGUGGGGCCAAGGGUUCUCUGUCCCUGGUUCAACUGUGAUUUGGCUUUCCCGUGUCUUUCCUGGUGAUGCCUUGUUUGGGGUUCUGUGGGUUUGGGUGGGAAGGAGGCCAUCUGUCUGAAUGUAACCUGCUAGCUCUCCGAAGGCCCCGCGGGCCUGGCUUGUGUGAGCGUGUGGACAGUGGUGGCCGCGCUGUGCCUGCUCAUGUUGCCUACGUGUCCCUGGCUGCUGAGGCGCUGCUUCAGCCUGCACCCCUCCCUUGUCUCAUAGAUGCUCCUUUUGACCUUUUCAAAUAAAUAUGGAUGGCGAGCUCCUAGGCCUCUGGCUUCCUGGUAGAGGGCGGCAUGCCGAGGGGUCUGCUGGGUGUGGAUUGGAUGCUGGGGUGUGGGGGUUGGAAGCUGUCUGUGGCCCACUUGGGCACCCACGCUUCUGUCCACUUCUGGUUGCCAGGAGACAGCAAGCAAAGCCAGCAGGACAUGCAGUUGCUAUUAAAUGGACUUCGUGAUUUUUGUUUUGCACUAAAGUUUCUGUGAUUUAACAAUAAAAUUCUGUUAGCCAGA